AUGGCCUCAGGAGGGGCCUCGGCUCCAGCGGCUCCAGCGGCCCCACAUCUGGCCACCAAAGUGGAGCUGACCAUCUCCUGUAAUAACCUGAUGGACAUGGACGUCUUCUCCAAGUCGGACCCCCUGUGCGCCUUGUACAUCAGCGCCUCUGGCUCCCACUGGUAUGAGUUUGGGCGCACGGAGAUGAUCCUCAACUGCCUGAACCCCAAGUUUGCGAAGAAGUUUGUCCUGGACUACUACUUUGAGAUGGUGCAGAAGCUUAAGUUUUGCGUGUACGAUAUCGACAACAACACCUACGAUCUGAGCGAUGACGAUUUCCUCGGCGAGCUCGAGUGCACUCUGGGACAGAUCUGUGCUGAGGAAAUAACAGACAACAGAGUAGCAAACUUCGAGGUGUGCGGACGCUCCCUGGACAAAAAGUUUUUGUGGUGGUCAGAUCCGUUCCUGGAGUUCUACAAGCAAACGGAGACCGGGUGGCAGCUGGCUCACAGGACGGAGGUUAUCUACAACAACCUAAACCCAACAUGGAGACCUUUCCGCAUCUCACUGCGAUCCCUCUGUGGAGGAGACGUGGAAAAACCCAUAAAGGUGGACUGUUAUGACCAUCAUGUCAAUGGGUCCCACAGCCUUAUCGGGAGCUUUAAAGCCACUCUGGCCCAAAUGUUGCUGGGAACUCAUCUCUCCCCGGUGGAGAAGGAUUACACCUUCCUCGAUUAUGUAAUGGGAGGCUGCCAAAUUAACUUCACAAUUGCCAUCGACUUCACCGGCUCCAACGGAGAUCCCGCCUCUCCCCAGUCCCUCCACUACAUCAAUCCUGAGGGGUACAAUGAAUAUUUGAACGCCAUCUUGGCAGUUGGUAAUGUCAUCCAGGACUAUGACAGUAAUAAGAUGUUUCCUGUAUUUGGUUUUGGAGCACAGAUCCCUCCAUCCUGGCAGGUAUCUCACGAGUUUCCAGUCAAUUUCAAUCCAUCUAAUCCAUUCUGUGCUGGCAUAGAGGGGGUGGUGCAAGCCUACCAGCAGUGUCUGCCUCAGGUGAAGCUCUGGGGUCCCACCAACUUCUCCCCAAUUAUCAAACACGUCACGCACUUCGCCAAACAAGCUCUCCACCAGAAUGCGGCCUCGCAAUACUUUGUGCUGCUCAUCCUCACAGACGGAGUGAUCACAGACAUGGACCAGACGCGGGCCGCCGUCGUGGAGGCCUCCCACUUCCCCAUGUCCAUCAUCAUAGUCGGCGUCGGCCAGGCAGACUUUAGCGCCAUGGAGUUCCUGGACAGCGACGAUAAACUACUGAAAUCGGCCUCCGGGAACGUGGCAGCCCGGGACAUCGUGCAGUUUGUGCCCUUCAGAGAUUUCCACGGAAGCAGCGUGGCCCUGGCCCAGAGCGUCCUGGCCGAGCUUCCGGAUCAGCUGGCCUCAUUCUUCAAUUCCUACAAGCUAAAACCCCCGAACGCCGUCAACGUGCCCGAGUCCUUCAAAGCCCAGGGCCCCGGGGCCUCAGACUGUGUGACCAAGGUGGCCCUGAGCAUCUCGUGUGAGAAUCUGCUGGACAUGGACACAUUCUCAAAGUCUGACCCUCUAUGCGUGCUCCUCAUGAAUCCCACAGGGCAGCACUGGUGUGAGAUCGGCCGAACGGAGAAAAUCCAGAACUGCCUCAAUCCUACAUUUUCCAAGAGCCUUAUCCUGGACUACUACUUUGAGAUGGUGCAGAAGCUGAGGUUUGAGGUGUACGAUAUCGACUCUGAAAACUGUAGCCUGGAAGAGGCGGACUUCCUUGGACAACUGGAGUGCACCCUUGGACAGGAUUUUUUCGGCAAGUCCGACCCUUUCCUGGAGUUUUACAGGCAGACAGACACUGGAUGGCAGCUGGCUCACAGGACAGAGGUGGUGAAAAACAACCUCAACCCGAUAUGGAAGCCAUUCCGAAUCCCCAUGCAGGCACUCUGUGGAGGUGACGUGGAAAAGUCUGUAAAGGUGGAGUGCUUCGACUACAACAACAGCGGCUCCCACGACUUUAUCGGAUCCUUUCACACCACGCUCUGCCAGAUCCAGCAGGCCACGCAAACGUCCCAAGCGGAAUUCGAAUGCAUGAACAGCAAGAAGAAGCAGAAGAAGAAAGGAUACAAAAACUCCGGGAUCAUCGUCAUCAAACAAUGCAAGAUUGCUAUUGAUUUCACAGGUUCCAAUGGAGAUCCCCAGACACCCAGGUCCCUCCACUACAUCAGCCCUCACGGAUACAAUGAGUACCUCUCAGCUAUCUGGGCUGUGGGUAAUGUCAUCCAGGACUACGACAGUGACAAGAUGUUCCCUGCCUUUGGUUUCGGAGCUAAGAUCCCUCCCACGUGGCAGGUCAGCCAUGAGUUUCCCAUCAAUUUCAACCCAUCUAAUCCAUUUUGCGCAGGCAUAGAGGGUGUGGCUCUUGCCUACCAGCAGUGUCUGCCUCAGGUGAAGCUUUAUGGGCCAACAAACUUUUCCCCGAUCAUCAACCACGUCGCCCAUUUUGGCAGACAGGCCUUGCAGCAGCAAACUGCCUCUCAAUACUUUGUCCUGCUGAUCAUCACCGACGGGGUGAUCACCGACAUGGACCAGACGCGCACCGCCAUCGUCCACGCCUCCCGGCUGCCCAUGUCCAUCAUCAUCGUCGGCGUGGGGGGGGCGGACUUCAGCGCCAUGGAGUUCCUGGACGGCGACGACGGGAACCUGCGCUCGGCGACGGGCGAGGCCGCCAUGAGGGACAUCGUGCAGUUCGUCCCGUUCAGGCAGUUCCAGAAUGGUCCUCAGGAGAUGCUGGCUCAGAGUGUGUUGGCAGAGGUCCCAGAGCAACUUACGGGCUUCUUCAACGUCAUGGAAGCCGUCGCCACUGGAAACCAGCCCCAUCAGGGCAGGCCAGGGUCCACACUCCAGCCACAUUGCACUGAUGGACCCCAGGUUACCGAGAUGAGGAUGAUCACCAUGACAACGACCCUGCAGACGGCGCAGAAAGAAUCCCCAGGAUGGAGGAUCCCCAUGAAGUUAAAAAUCUUGGACAUUAACUACAACCGAGCAAAACUGGACCUGAAAGCUACGCGAAUACUAGAUCGAAAAGUCAUGGCUGCCCAGUGUGUGACCAAGGUGGAGCUCACUGUGUCCUGUGAGAACCUGCUGGACAAAGACAUCGGCUCCAAGUCUGACCCCCUGUGUGUCCUUUUGAUGAGCAGCUCAGACUCCAAGUGGUAUGAGGUCGGGCGAACAGAGAAAGUCCAGAACUGCCUCUGUCCCAAGUUUGCCAAAAAGUUUGUCAUCGACUACUACUUUGAAAUAGUUCAGAAGUUGAAGUUUGGCAUCUAUGACAUCGACAACAAGACCGUUGACCUGAGUGAUGACGACUUCCUGGGGGAACUGGAGUGCACUCUGGGUCAGGUUGUGUCCAGCAAGAAGCUGACUAGGCCGCUUGUGCUGAAGAACAAGACCCCGGCUGGAAAGGGAACGAUCACUAUAUCUGCAGAGGAAAUAAAAGACAACAGAGUUGUGAAUUUCGAGGUGGAGGCAAGGAAGCUGGACAACAAGGAUUUCUUUGGGAAGUCGGACCCAUAUUUGGAAUUCUACAAGCUGGCAGAUGGUGGCGCCUGGCAGCUGGCUCACAGGACUGAGGUGGUGAAGAACAACCUGAAUCCAACCUGGAGACCCUUUCGAAUCCCCCUGCAGUCGCUGUGCGGAGGCGACAUGGAGAAGUCCAUAAAAGUAAACCUCUGUCACAUCACUGAGCCGCUGCCUGACAUUGUCGAUCUCUUUCAGGUGGAGUGCUACGACUAUGACGAUGACGGCUCCCACGAUCUAAUCGGAACCUUCGAGACCACGAUGAAGCGGCUGCAGGACGCGUCUCGGACCUCUCCGGCGGAGUUCGAAUGCAUCAACAGUAAAAAGAAACAGAAGAAGAAAGGCUACAAGAAUUCCGGUGUUGUGUGUGUGAAGCUGUGCCAGGUAGUGAAGGAGUACACCUUCCUGGAUUACAUAAUGGGAGGCUGCCAGAUCAACUUCACCGUGGCCAUCGACUUCACAGGCUCCAACGGGGACCCCAAGUCCCCUCAGUCCCUGCACUACAUCAGUCCUCAGGGGGUGAAUGAGUACCUCUCUGCCAUCUGGUCUGUGGGCAAUGUCAUCCAGGACUAUGACAGUGACAAGAUGUUUCCCGCCUUCGGCUUUGGAGCCCAGAUUCCACCCACGUGGCAGGUUUCCCACCAGUUUGCUCUCAAUUUCAACCCCUCCAAUCCGUUCUGCGCAGGUGUCGAAGGUGUGGUGGAGGCCUACAGGGCGUGCCUGCCUCAGGUCAAGCUCUACGGCCCCACCAACUUCUCCCCCAUCAUUGACCAUCAAUACUUUGUCCUGCUGAUCAUCACCGACGGGGUGAUCACCGACAUGGACCAGACGCGCAGCGCCAUCGUCAACGCCUCCCGGCUGCCCAUGUCCAUCAUCAUCGUCGGCGUGGGGGGGGCGGACUUCAGCGCCAUGGAGUUCCUGGACGGCGACGACGGCCGCCUUCGGUCUCUAAGCGGCGAGUCCGCCACGCGAGACAUCGUCCAGUUCGUGCCCUUCAGGCAGUUCCAGAAUGCUCCCCGUGAGGCUCUGGCAAAGACCGUGUUGGCCGAGGUUCCCACCCAGCUGGUGGACUUCUUCAACCUCAUGAAGCUCAGUCCGCCCAACUCCAACCCAGCCCCAGACCCGGCGGGAGCCGUGUGAAGGCCAGAGGAACCAAAGCCACUACCUUCUUCCCCCGUAUGUACUCUGCUCAGCGUCACAGCUAUCUACACCGCAAAGCUGUUUAAAAAGUUAUUUUUUAAAGUUUGUGCACUUAAUAAUCACUGAUAGGAAAAAAGCCAAGAAUUUUAAAGCUUAAUCAUUAUAUUGUAAUAAUAACUGAAAUGUAGCCUCUAUAGAAAAUAUUCUAAUCUUCCCUUUUGCCCACCGAUUAACUAUAAAAGGAGUUUGAAACUGAAGGAGUUUCCUGACUAGAGAAUCUGAUUACGAACACUAUUAAGCCAAGCUCUUGCUUUGCGUAGCUCUUCCUUCAUGUAAAGCUUAGCGUUCAUGUGCCAGUUCAAGGCCCGGCAGAUUUUCAGAUACAGUAAAUUCCCCCAGCUGGGUGUCCCAAAAAUUCUGUCAUGACUCUGAAAUCUGCUCCACAGAUUUGUUUGCAUAUGCAUUGUCACCACUGAAAUCUGGGGCCGUCCUUUUUUUACAUCCUAAGAGAAUGAAUUACAGUUGUUUUUUGCCACACAGCCUUUUUCAUAGUUAUUUUGGCACAUGGAAUAUAUAAAUGUAUAUUUUUUUUAUUGAUGGUAUAUUGUUUACGUCUCUCUAUGCACGGAUAUAAUAACCAAAGUUAUUUAUAACCGAUAUUGUUCAGUUAUUUUAACUAAAACAAUUGCCAAACCCAUAAAAUGGAAUAAUAUAACUGGAAGGCCAUCUGAUUAUAGGUAUGUAUUUCUUUGUAUUAUACAGAUCGGGCUGCAUUGUGGUGUGGUGGUUAGCAAGAGGGUUCCCGGUUCAGAUUCAUGGGGGACCGGGGGCCUUUCUGUGUGGAGUUUGUGUGUUCUCCCCUGUACAUGGACUAUAUAGUCGAUCAGAUAAUCUUUUUAAUUAUUGUAUGGUAAAACAGAAACAUUCAGUAUUAAAAUAACUAGCUCUUUAAAAUCUAAAUCAGGUGUUUUUAUUAUGUUUUUCCAUCGGUGUAACGUUUUUUUUAUUCAUAUUAAAUGUGUUUGACACAUUCCAGUUUCUGUGUACUGUUCUCUGCAUUAAGGCUGCAAAUAAAACAUCUGAUUCUACG